AUGUCGUAUGAUCAAUGGUAUAAUCAACCAUGUGAUGAAUCGUAUGGAGCAACUAAUCCUCCUGCUGGUCCUCCAGGACCACAAGGACCACCAGGACCACCUCGGCCACCAGGACCACCAGGACCACAAG